GCUAACGUGACUGUCAUGCUGUGAAUAAUUUUGUGACUUUUUAACCGACAAGAAAAUUGUUUUGUGGAGAGGGUGGAGUCAUUUUAAGUGUCGGAAAAAAAUAGCAACAAGUGUGUGUAUUUGUGCGUUGAAUAAUUUAUAAACAAUAUGGGUUGUGCUAUCAGUACCCCUGAAAAAAAGGCAGCUCUGGCGAGGUCCCGUAAAAUUGAUAAGGUCCUUCGCGAGGCUGGAGAGAAGGCUGCGAAUGAAGUCAAACUGUUGUUAUUAGGUGCUGGAGAAUCUGGCAAGAGUACAAUUGUAAAGCAAAUGAAAAUUAUACACGAACUCGGUUAUUCACAAGAGGAAUGCGAACAAUACAGACCAGUUGUUUACAGCAAUACUAUACAAAGUUUGGUGGCUAUUAUAAGAGCUAUGGGUCAAUUGAAAAUAGAUUUCGCCGAUCCUAGUAAAACGGAAACAGCCAGGCAAUUUUUCACGUACGUCAGCUCCGUCGAAGAAGGAGUUCUGACGCUCGAACUGGUCAUAGUGAUGAAGAAACUCUGGCAAGACCCCGGCGUACAGUCCUGCUUCAGGCGAUCCAGGGAGUACCAACUGAACGAUUCGGCCGCUUACUAUUUAAACGCUCUGGAUAGAAUUUCGCACCCCAAUUACAUACCCUCCCAACAGGACGUUCUAAGGACCAGGGUCAAGACGACCGGCAUCGUCGAAACCAAUUUUUCAUUCAGGAAUCUUCACUUUAAAAUGUUCGAUGUGGGUGGACAGCGUUCGGAAAGAAAAAAAUGGAUACAUUGCUUCGAAGCGGUCACAGCGAUUAUAUUUUGCGUAGCUUUAUCAGGUUACGAUUUGGUGCUGGCCGAAGACGAGGAGGUCAACCGGAUGGUGGAGUCGAUGCAGCUGUUCGAUUCGACCUGCAACAGCAAGUGGUUCGUGAUGACUUCAAUCAUACUUUUCUUGAACAAAAAGGACCUGUUUGAAGAGAAGAUCGCGCGCAGCCCGUUGACGAUCUGCUUCCCGGAGUACCCGGGACCCAACACGUACGAGGCCGCCUCGGAGUACAUAAGGAAAAAGUUCGAGAACUUGAACAGGAUGAAGGACAAGAAGGAGAUUUAUUCGCACUUUACUUGCGCUACUGAUACUAAUAACAUACAGUUCGUGUUCGAUGCCGUUACUGAUGUUAUUAUUAGGAAUAAUCUGAAAGAUUGCGGGCUUCUUUCGUAAAUCAUGUCGUUUCACUCUGGCGAAAAUUGGUUUGACAAAGGUUUGGUUUUUCAUUAAGAGUUUUGGAAAUUUUGUACGUUCGAAAUUUACAUACUUUUUUACGUUCGAUUAUCAUCAAGUUAUUGCUCAUAAAUCGCGAAGUGUGUACCUACCCCUUAUUAGUCAAUUAUGUGUAAGACAUGAAAAAAAAUCCGAAUUUGUUCGACUCGAAUUCGUCCAUUAAGUCGUAAAAUUUUAUACCGAAUAUAUUAAACGCGUGAGCUUUAUUUGGGCAAGUCCGGUUUUGUUCGCAAAAAAAAUCACAUCAAAAUCUGCACUGGAUAGUUAAUAAGUCAUUCACAUGUAACAGUUAUUUUCUCAAUCUCUCUAAACGAAUUGAAAAACUGCCUAAUUGUUGACUACCGCACAUUGUCAAUUUGAAUCAGUCCGAAAUGGUAGCUGAAAAACCGUGUUUAAAGGUUGUUUACUUAUUUAUUGAGAUGAUUUGUUCCAAUAGUUUGUACUUAAAGAUGUUGGAGCAAUUUUUGAUAGACGUUGUUUAUAUAUGUGUGCAAAAAAUAUAAAAAAGGAGCUAUAUGGCACAUGCGCUAUAUUUUUUCUAUUGUAGGUAAAUAUAUUUAUAUGGAUGUGAAUCGGAGUAAGUUGAACUUGCUUUUAUGUUUAGAUACUUAAUGGUAUAUAUGUGGCUUAAACUUAUUUAAUGUUGUUAAUGUAAUGAAAAUGUUUGAAUAUUUAUAGCUUCUCGGAUGCGCGGCUCAUCGAUUUUGGAUUUUAUUCAGCUCAAAGAAGCUAUUUAUAUUUGACUAUUUGGAAAAUUUUAAGGUCAAAAAUUGGAUAAAAAUUGUGUAAAAAGAAAGUUGACAUUUGGUGGAAGUUCGAAUUAUUGUUGCAGAGCUUGCAUAAUUUAAGUCUCUUCAUUAUAAGUACACUGAUUUACUCUUUUUAUGCAAUUUUAAAGUUUCUUAAAUAUUAUUUAUCUACGCUUAGUUUAUACGUUUAUAAGUUUGAGACAGUUAAUGGUUUGGUGCCAUUCUUUUUUGGCUCAUUUCAAUGAAGUACAGUCGCUCUCUUUUUUUUUCCAGUAGAUUUUUUUUAGACUUCUUUUUAGUAUUAUAAAUCAUUCCUAAAAAGACUUUAUAAAUGCCAUACGUUCAGUAUUGAAAUUUUUUAUAGUUUUACAACUCAAAUCAACAUAUUUAUUGUAAUAUAAUGUAAAGAGAUUAUAUAGUCCAUUAUAAAUAAUUUAAAAUGAUGCCAUGAAACGCGUAAAACAAUAUUUUCUUAAUGUUUUAUAGUUGGAUUUGUGCCUUCUUGUUUUGAUUACAACAAAUUACGAAACUGUGGCCGUCUCUCUAAACAAAGUGCCAAAUGAUUAGCACAAUUAUAUCGAGCAGAGUUCCAUAAACUUCCCGCUAAAAUCUAAUAAAUCGAAUUUAAUACACAAACACGAAUUAAUUUUUGCGGAAUUUUAUGGCACGCUUCUGUAGUCAUUCGAAUUUUAAAUAUAUAUUUUUAAUAACAAUUUUGAUUAUUUUUGAUACAAAUCGAGUUUAUUAACGUUCACUAACACUUCUUGAGACUUAUAUAUCCACCUGUAAUUGUUGACUGUAAUUUUUUUUUACUUUUUGUAAUGUUACACAUACUGAUAGUUUGUAAGUGUAUGACAAGUAUACUAUUCAACGAUUAGUUGAUUAUUAUACUUUGUUUGCAAAUGACAAAUAGACAAUUUAUGUAA